AUGCCCGUCAAAUCACUCAAAGAGCUCGCCAUAAUGGUCAUCUUCAAGAACAUUCGCGAGGUCGACAAUGUCGGCUACCUCAACUAUGAAAACGUCCGCCACAUCCUCCUGAGAGUUGAGAGCGGCGCCCAGCUCCGCCAGAUUGAGCUCAACUCACCACACCUUCAGGGCCAAACAGCCGAAGCAUGGAUCAGGCUCAUUGAGCGCGACUUCCCAAUUGAGGCCCGGAACAAGCCCAUUCGGCCCAAGGAUCCCAAGAAGUGGUACAAGGUCUGGGAGAAGUACAAGGCCGACCAAGACAAGUUCCUGCGGGACAGCGAAGACACGCUCAAAGCCCAAAUUUCCGACUGGAAGAAGGUGAAGGAGACGAACACAAGCAAGAUUAUCGAACUCGGCGCCAUUCCCAGCUCGAAAAAGGGCGCCAUCAGGCGUCCCCGCGCAAGAAACGCCAGCUCCCUCCCUUCCACUGGUGGCAGUCGCACCAAGGCUGUCAACGGCACCAGCGUCAUGCGCAAGGUCCGCCGCGAAGCCAAGGAGAUUACCCAGAUCCACGGCAGCCUUUCCCAGCCCGUCAAGGCGCCGACUGCACCCUCCACCAUCACCAAGGCCCCAGAGGCCAUGGUCAACGACCACAAGAGAGCCGCCCUGCCGCCAUACCGC